AUGGGGAACCUCAAAUACCUACGACUUCCACAAGGAUAUAAGAAUUCACCUUUUAUAUGUCAGUGGAUUAUGGACAUUGUUACAAAAGAUAUACCAGAAGCUGAAUGUUAUUUUGAUGACUUAUUAAUAGCAACUGAAGAUAAUGCUGAAAUUCAUAAAAGUAUUAUUAAAAAUACUUUACAAGCAUUGAAAAAUUUUGGUCUUAAAAUCUCACCAGAAAAAUAUAAAAUGAUUAAGUGCCUAGUUUGUUUCUGCGACGUUCAUAUAAAUGAAUGGAAACUACACAUAAAACAACCACACUUUGGUGAUGAAAAUAUUCUUAUUGGAAAAUGUCGAAUGGGCAAUUGUUUAAAUAGAAAUACAAAAAUCACUAGAGGAAUGAAAUUAAAUCGGUAUUAUUAUCAUUUGGAGCAAUAUCAUGGAUUAAAUAUAACUAGAAAAAAACCUUUUAGGACUAAUCAAUUGAAUUACUCAAUUAAUACAAAUGAGAUUGAUGAUAAUAAUUUAAUUUCCACUGCAGCCAAUAAAGAAGAUGAAUUUGAUGAUGAUUUUAAUAUUGAUAAUAAAAAAAUUGAUGAAGAAGAUAUUAAGUAUGUUGAUAUAGAUCCUGAUAAAAAAAUUAGUGAAUUUACUACAAAUAAUUUUGCUUUAAUAGAGGAUGAAAUUAAACAGAUAAAAGAAAAAAGAUUAUACACUGUUAAUGUUUCCAAAGUUGUAAAGAAUUUUUGUAUCCGUAAUGAAAUUAAUUUUGACAAUGGAAAAAUAGAUAUCGUUUUAUACAUGGAUGAAAUUCAACUUAGAAAUCCUAUUAAACCAUCAGCUUCUUUUAGUUAUAUAAUAAGAUUAUUUUGUUUAUCAAACAGCAAUAUUUUUAUUGCUUUACUUUCUUUUACUGAAAGUUUAAAUAAAAUUCAAGUAAUAACAUCAUCUCAUGGAUUAACAGAUGACGAUAUUCAUAAACUUGAAGAAAAAAUUGAUAUUUAUUUUAAUGCUAGGCCAGCUUUAAUCCAUGAAAACCAUGAUAUAACAUUAAAAGAACAUCUAAUUUUACAUUAUGCAAAAGUUUUUAAAAAAAACCAUACUGAUUUUGCGGUAUUUUCAUCAAAAAGAUUUAAAAGUUAUAAUAAAGUUUUUAAAAAUCUUCUUGCAACAAGUGUAAAUUAUAUAAAUAUUCCUUAUUCAUGUGCAAAAAGAGCAAUGACUUUGGAAAAUUGUUAUAUCAGGGCAUUUGAAAAGUUUUGA